CCCCGGCUUCCAUUUCUGAACUGAAGGGAAGCCGCCGCUCUCGCGUAGAGUCCUCGCCUUUUUUAUAUACUAAUUUAAGUAAAUAAACUAGGUUAUCUGUCGUAAAUUAGGACCAUUGCUUUAAGGUAUUGAGUAAAACAGCAGUUCUUGUUCAUCGUGGUAUGCUGUUUGAGUAGUGGCUUGAACUGUAGCUAGCAUUUUAUUCCCCAUUUUAACUUUACUAAGCGGCGUUUUCCGCCGUUUUUUUCUUUUCACCGCCCCGCUCACUCUACCCCCUUGUGCGUGAGUAGGGGCCUGCAACGUUGGUUUGGCCACGAGGCGCGUCGGUACAGUUGGAACAGGGCGAUGGCGGAGUUCGGUAACGGACUGGCGGAGGAAUCCCUACUAGAUUCAGACCCCGGACAUCCCGAGCUGGAAGACCCGGGUGUCGGUGACGAAGAACCGGGGUUAGAAGAGGGAGAGGCCGCAAUUGAAGACCCGGAGCUGGAGGCAAUCAAAGCCCGGGUGAGAGAGAUGGAGGAAGAGGCAGAGAAGCUGAAGGAGCUCCAGAACGAGGUGGAGAAACAGAUGAAUCUCAGCCCCCCACCAGUCGGCCCUGUCAUCAUGUCCAUCGAGGAAAAGAUGGAAGCAGAUGGCAGAUCUAUUUAUGUCGGAAACGUGGACUAUGGUGCCACGGCAGAAGAGCUGGAGGCUCACUUUCAUGGCUGCGGUUCAGUAAACAGAGUCACCAUCCUAUGUGACAAAUACACAGGGCAUCCCAAAGGGUUUGCCUAUAUUGAGUUUGCAGACAAAGAGUCUGUUAGGACAGCCAUGGCUUUGGACGAGUCCCUUUUCAGAGGAAGGCAGAUAAAGGUUGGCGCUAAGAGAACAAACAGACCAGGCAUCAGCACCACAGACCGCGGCUUUCCACGGGCUCGGUUCCGGUCACGGGGAGGAAGCUUCUCAUCACGUGCACGCUACUACAGCGGCUACACACCACCCAGAGGCAGAGGACGGGCCUUCAGGGGCCGAGGGCGAACAACAUCGUGGUAUUCCCCUUACUAAACACCCCCCUCCCUCCCCGACACUCCCUUACUAUCAACCCUCUCCCCUCUCUGUUCCCAUUUAAAAAAAAAAAAAAACCCACACAGAAUGAAAAAAGUCCUCCCCUUCCCCAACAAUAAAAGAAGAGAACCCCAGAAGAGGGAAAAAAAGACAAAAAAAAACAAAAAAAAAAAAACCUUCUCCUGGACAGAGAGACUGACUGGCCGCAGUGUGCGAUUGUGUGUGAGUGCGUGUGCGGAGGUUGAUGCAGUCACACCUGGUAAGGUAUAAGUUGGCCAUUGGGGAAAGAAUACAGUGGCAGAUUUCUUUGUUUUUUGUUGGUUUUGAGGGGAGGGAAGGGGGGGGGGGGGGAGAGAAGAUGGUGGUAUCUCAGGCUGCAGAUGUGUCUCCUUUGGUCUGGCUGUGACCUCCUGCUUUCACACCAUCACCAACACAGCCCACCCACUCACCCUCCACCACCACCAAAACAAGA